AUGGCCGAUUCCAUAGUUCAAUUGAAGUGCGAGUGCAAGCACGACCCCUGGGGCAAGAAAGGCAAUGACUCCAUUGCUGGACAGCUCUGGUCCAAGACCCCUGGCACGGAAGGUCUCAAGGAUGACGAGACAUAUUCCGAGAUGUGGAUAGGCACAUAUCCCACCGUCCCCUCUCGACUCCUUUCCACCGGCGAACUGCUAUCCGACUACCUGAAGAAGAACCCGCAGCUCGUGGGCAAAGCGACCUUGGAGAAGAGCGGCGCGGAGAUCCCGUUCCUCCCGAAGAUCCUCUCCUUCGCCAAAGCCCUCCCUCUCCAAAUCCACCCCGACAAGUCCCUCGCCGAGAAGCUGCACGCCCAAGACCCGCACCAAUUCGGCGACGCCAACCACAAGCCCGAGAUCGCCAUCGCGCUCUCGCACUUCGAGCUCUUCGCCGGCUUCAAGCCCCUGUCCCAGAUCGGCUCCAUCAUGGCCCUCCCCCCGCUAUCACGCUACCUCCCCUCCCAAUCCGCCCCCGUCCACCACACCGAAUUCACCGACUCCGACCUGCGCCAAAUCUGCCAGACCUUCCUCUCCCUGCAACCCAACAUCGUCUCGCAGACCAUCUCCGAGCUGCAAGCCCUCCCAGAGGCGCAGUUCGGGCCGUCGAACGCCUACAUCCCCAGCCUGCUGCGCCGGCUACGCGCACAAUACACCGAGUACGACAACGGGACCCUCGUCGCCGCGCUGCUGAUGAAUUACAUGGCGAUCGGGCCGGGCGAGGCCGUCUGUGUCCCGGCGGAUAGUGUGCAUGCGUGGCUGUCGGGCGAUAUCGUCGAGUGCAUGGCGCGGUCGGAUAAUGUGCUCAACACGGGGUUUUGUCCGCGGCCGGACCGCGACAGUGUUGGGUUGUUUGCCAAGGCGCUGAGUUUCAAGCCGCAUGGUGUGGGGGAGGUUGUGUUGCGCAGGCAGAAGAGUGGGAAGGGGCUGUUGGGACGGAGUGAUGUGUAUGCGCCGCCGUUUGGGGAGUUUAAUGUGCUGGCGACGUGGUUGGGGGGUGGGGAGGUGGAGAGGCAUGAGGCGAUUGGGGGGCCGAGUUUGUUGGUUGUGACGAAGGGAGAGGGCAGGAUGAAGGGCGAGGGGAAGGAGUGGGAGGUCAAGGAGGGAGCGGUAUUUUUUAUCGGGCAGGGCGUGGAGUUGGAAUUUGAGUCGCUGAAGGGGUUGGCGUUGUAUAGACCGUAUGCGGAGUAG